GGCACUGUGACAAGUGCUAGGGAUACAAAAAGAGGCAAAAGAUAGUCUCUGUCUUCAAGGAACUUAGAUUCUCAUGAAGGAGACAACAUGCAAAAAAUAUAUAUACAAAAAUAAUUCAAAGAGGGAAAAGCACUAAGAUGAAAUUUUAGAUGGGACUAAAAAGAAUGUGAAUAAAUAACUUUACUUACAUAAUUUCAAAUUGUGUUCCAGAAUGUCUGGAUCUUAGUUUUGUUGAUAGCUGUCUAUUGUGCAAGAUGAGGUAGCUAAAGACCAAAUCAAGGUUCAUUUUUUUUUAGUGACCUGGUUAACACUACCAACAUCUUAUACGAAGUGUACAUUUUGCUGCUUCUAUAAUCUUUUUUUUUUACUUUGGAGACUUCAGAUCUCGAGGUCCUACUUAAACUAUCCCCCAAAUGGCUAUUGUGUUCAUCUCUAUCAUAAGUCAAUUUGGUAGUGUGGUAUAAGUGAAUGCUUUUUAUAGCAUAACACUGGGUUUCCUCCACUGAAGACAUAGGGUUUUCCUCUGUAACUUUUGGAGGAAUAGAGCUAAGACAGGUUCUUGAAAACUAUGCCAACAAAUUUUGUUCAAGGUAAAUAGGUUACAAAUAGAACAAACUGUGUCUACCUCACAUAUCAUGAGAUUCAAUUCAUAGUAGGUGGCUAGGUCAAAAUUAUUUUUGUGGUCCGAAGAACUCAUUAAUCUUUCUGUGGAGGACUAUCUGGGUUUUGAUUUUUGAAAUGAAAGAAUACACAUGAUUUUUUUUAAGCACUGCAUUGUUAUCAGAUUUGUUUUUAUUGUUUCAUAGCUUUGUGUCUUCCUCCUCUGAACAGGUAUUAACAAUGAAAUGAGAAAAAUCCAGCUUCCUCUAGAAAGCACCAAAUAAUGGGAUGGUAUAAUCCAUACAUUAAAUAAGUCAGCAGAUAGGUAAAAGAGGAGUGUAAGGUAAAGCUUUUAGGAAUGUAUAAAGGAGCAGCAGGCUGAUUUCAGAAAAACCUGGACUUAAAUAUGAUCUGAUACUAAGUGAAGUGAGCAGAAUCAGGAGAGCAUUGUAUAUAGUAAACAGCAAGAUUAUGUGAUGAUCAACUAUGCCAGCCUUAGUUCUUGUCAGCAAUACUGUGAUCCAAGAUCAUUCCAAUAGCCUUGGGAUGGAAAAUUCAGACAGAACUAUGAAAACAAUGCAAAUGGACCCAUACUAUUUUCACUUUUUUCCCCCUUCUGGUGAUUUUUCUCUUUUGUUUUUCUUUCACACCAUGAAUAAAAUGGAAAUAUGUUAAAAAUGAUUAUACAUAUAUAACAUCAAAUUGUUUAAUAUCUUGGGGAGAGAAGAGGGAAAAAAAUCUGGAAUUCAAAAAUCUUACAAAAGUAAAUGUUGAAAAUUAUUUUAACAUGUAAUCAGAAAAAAUGGAAUACUAAUUGGAAGGGGGGAGUAAAUAAACUGUUACAAAUCAUCAAAAAAUGUAUAAAGGAUUAUUUGCUGCAGGUCUUCAAGGGGAUUCCCCAUGGAUUUAACUCCUUUCAAAUAGGCAGAUUAGCAAAUAGGCAAUAAUUUAUAAUUUGAGACAGGGACCGAAAAUACCGAAAGGUAUUUGUAAAGCGCUUUACAAACCUUAAAACGCUAUAUAGAUAUUACUGAGAAAGCAAGAUUUGAAUCCAUCUUGCUGACAACAAAGCUACCUCUCAUAUAAGAGGGAAAAAUCUGACAGUAUGUUCACCUUCUGCCCCUAUUCUCACUUUCAGACCGAACAAUUGUCUUCGGUCCUUCUACUGUGGACACUUCCUCUAAACUUCAGCUUGGUCUCUGCCUUUGUUUUUAAUCGUUCUUACUCGGGGUCAUUGUGGAUUUUUUUUUUUUAAUUAUUCUUAACAAGGCUGGGAAGUUCGUUGCUCUCCUGCUCUACUUACAAGGAGCGGCGUAUAAAUACAAAUAACGACGUUCGACAGGAUUCCAGCCUCCACCGUCGCCCCGCAGGCGCGUGUACCGUUCUGGGGCGCGCGCAGAACCCCGGAGAAUGUAGCAGCGGCUUCUGGCGGGGCGGGUGAGGGUGAAAGGCGUGCGCGUGCGAGAUCCGUGCAGCUUCCGGCACGGGUCCACUUGAUCCCUAGGUAGCCCGUGGGGGAGGGGUGCGCGCCUAGCGCGCGGCUUCCGGCGCGGGCCGUUGGAGGAAGGACGCGCGCUCGCUGCCGACGCCCGGCAGCGCGCACGAAGACCUGUGCGGCUUCCAGCGCGGGCCCGCUCUGGGCUUCCCUAGGCGCGCGGACGCCGCCGCGGUUCUUCUCCCCCUCCCCCCACAGCCCUCCAAGGGUCCGCGAAGCCGGACAUGGCGCCACAAACCCCCAUCCGAGGGCUGUAGGGCCCCGUUCCGCCAGGGGAGCGGGCCGUCGCCAGCACGGCCAGAAGCUCCCCUCAGCUCUGGAGCCGGAGGAGCUGUGGUCUCCUGUCAGAUCCGAGAGAGUUCCACCCGUCUUUAUCCAGGCAAAUGUGCAAUACCAAAAUGUCUUCUGACACAGAUGGUGCCUUAAGCACCUCACAAAUUCCAGCUUCGGAACAAGAGGCUCUGGUUCGACCAAAACCAUUGCUCUUGAAGUUGUUGAAGUUUGCUGGUGCACAGAAAGACACAUUUACAAUGAAGGAGGUUUUAUUCUAUCUUGGCCAGUAUAUUAUGUCAAAACAGUUAUAUGACAAAAAGCAGCAGCACAUUGUUUAUUGUUCAGAUGACCUUCUUGGAGAUCUAUUUGGAGUACCAAGCUUCUCUGUGAAAGAACAUAGGAGAUUAUAUGCAAUGAUAUCUAGAAACUUGAUAGCAGUCAAUCAACAGGAAUUUUCUAGUCCAAACACAUCUUCAAAUGAAACCAGGUGUCAGCUUGAAAUCAGAAGUGGUCAAAAGGAAUCUAUGCAAGAGUUGCAGGAAGAGAAACCAUCACCAAAUUUUAAUUCUAGACCAACUACCUCAUCCAGAAGGAGAACACAUAGUGAAACAGAAGAAAAUUCGGAUGAAUUGCCUGGUGAAAGACACAGAAAACGGCAUAAGUCAGAUAGUAUUUCCCUUACAUUUGAUGAAAGCUGUGCUCUGUGUGUCAUAAGUGAGAUAUGCUGUGAACGAAGCAAUAGCAGUGACUCAACAGAAAUCCCUUCAAGUCCGGAUAUUGAUACUGGUGUAUUAAGUGAAAAUUCAGAUGAUUCAGUUUCAGACCAAUUCAGUGUUGAGUUUGAAGUUGAAUCUAUUGAUUCAGAAGAUUAUAGUCACAAUGAAGAAGGACAAGAACUCACAGAUGACGAUGAUGAGAUAUACCAGGUAACCGUGUAUCAGGCAGAGGAAAGUGACACCGACUCAUUUGAUGAAGACCCUGAAAUAUCCUUAGCCGAUUAUUGGAAGUGUACUUCAUGUGAUAAAAUGAACCCUCCACUUCCUCCACAUUGUCACAGAUGUUGGGCUUUGCGAGAAAAUUGGCUUCCUGAGGAGAAAGGUGAAAUUUCGGAUAAAGGCAAACUAGAAAGUCCCAUACAAGGGGAAGAAGAAGGCUUUGAUGUUCCAGACUGUAAGAAAAAUAAAGUGAAUGACUCUCAAGAUUCAUGUGUUGAGGAAAGUGAUGAAAAGAUAGUACAGACACCAGACUCUCAAGAAAGUGAGGAUUAUUCCCAGCCAUCAACAUCUAAAAGUAUCAUUUGUAGUAGUCAGGAAGAUAAUGGAGAAUUUGAGAGAGAAGAAGCACAAGAUAAAGAAAAAAAUAUGGAAUCUCUUCUACCCCCUAGCACAGUAGAGCCCUGUGUCAUCUGUCAGAGUCGACCUAAAAAUGGUUGCAUUGUCCAUGGAAGGACAGGACAUCUUAUGGCAUGUUUUACAUGUGCUAAGAAAUUGAAAAAGAGAAAUAAGCCUUGUCCAGUGUGCAGGCAGCCAAUUCAAAUGAUUGUGUUAACUUAUUUUCUCUAAAUGUACUAAAAGUGGAACCAUAGAAUCCUGUAUAUGAAAUGCUCUUAAGAAUGUUCACACAUGGCUUGUGAAAUUUAUUUAAAAUUUUAUUUUUGUACAUUUUUUUCUGAGAAAAUGAAUAUUUUAAUCCAUUUUAGUCAUCUCUGGUGGUUUGCUUUUUGGAAAGAAUUUUUUAUUCUUUUCCUUUAGGAAAAAAAAAUUAAUUACUGUUUUUUUUCCAUUUUUGCAUUGUUUUUUAUUAGUUUUAAUUUGUAUCAUUUAUAGAGGCAGCAGGGUAUAAUGGAUAAAGUACUAAUCUGGACAGAUCUAAGUUCAGAUAACCACAUUGGACACUUGAAAUUAAUUUGAUCCAGGAUGAAUCAUUCACCCUCUUUGUGCCUUAGUCAAUUCUUAAGAUUUAUCUUCUAAGUCAGAUAAUUUGGGAGUAAGUCAUAAACACUCAUAUUGGGUUUGUGGAAACUAUAGCUCAUUUACUGUGUGCAUCAUUAAGAAUUACUAGUUAGAAGAUUGACUUUCUGUUUGUUAAAUAGUUCUUGUCUUAUGUAGUUUGGGAGUAUCAGAAUUUUUGAAAAAUUUGUGUAAAUAAUAAAUUUAAUAAAUAUUAUUUAAGUUUAAUAUUGUUGGCAGAGGGUAGUGAUGAUUCAUGAAAAUGCUUGUUUUUGAGUUGCAAAUAAGAUACUCUAAAGAUUUGUGAUUUUUUUGAAGCUUUAUCUGUUCUGAGUUCCAAGAGUCUAGAAAAUACCUGCUGAUAAAAACCUGAUAGUUCAUUUUAUUAUUUCAAGAUCUUUUGCUAUUGUGUAUAUAAACACAAUUUUUUGUAGAGCCCAUUGUAAUUAAUUCUUUUUACAUUCCUUUGCCACCAGAAGGACCAUACUGGGCAGAUAUUUUUAAGGGCCUCCAGUGCAAUUUAGUGUUGACCUUUUGACUGAAUACUAGCUUACCCCAGACCUCACUUAAAGUUAGCAUUUGAGUUGGAAAGUGUUUGUUUUUACCAAGUUGAAAGUAAUUCAGAUGUGACUAAAUAUAUUACCUUGGUCUGGAUACAUGGCCCCAGGUAGGUGUCUGAAUUUUAACAUAAUCAAGUCCAGUUUUAAACUUAAUAAAUUGGAAGCUGCACACAUGAAAGCACAUUCUUAUAGAACCUUUUUUUUUCCCUGGCUAAAUGCAAAUUAAAUAUUAGAUUAAUAUUGUUGUUAAACCAUUUGCCAUAUGUUUGAUUUUAAUGUGUUAAUAUUUGGAAACAUCAGUAAUGAUUAUUUAAAAUAGAUAAUUAACAUGAAUUUCUACUUUUCCAUGCCAUUGAAGGUGAGCUUUGAUCCACUUUUGGAUAUGGGCACUUCCAAUGUAAAUACAUUAUGAUUUGUCUUUUUGGGAGUAUAUUUAUCUUCAUAAUUAUUGUUGCUUAGUCUGUGAAUUCUCUGAAUCACAGACUAAUUUGCUGACUGGAAAGCUAAUUUAAAUUUGGAAAUUUGUCACAAAAAUUCACGUAGCUAAUUGAAAGUUCAUUAUAAAUGUGUUUGUGAAAGUUAAUAAAGAAAAUAAAAUACACAAAA